UUUCUCACCUAGAUUAAUUUCCAACAACUUUUUCUGAACAAUAUUGAAAUAUAAGUCCAAUUACCUCUAUCUUUUUAUCUAUAAAUACAAACCAUAUAUCCCAUGCAGAUUACCCAACGCCCAUAAUCUUCAUCUGCUUCAAAAAAUCCAUCCCUACCAUGGAUUUCUCUUUUCCUUUCGAAGCAUUAAUCACAGUUAUGGCUCUCUUAAGUUUCCUAGUUAUGUAUUCUGCUUCGAAAACAUUGCUAAAGACGAAAAGUAGUAUUAUAAGCAAUAGUGUCCCUGAACCCUCUGGGGCGUUGCCAAUCAUAGGUCACCUCCACCUUCUCGGCGGUCAACUUCCAGUAGCCAGAAUCCUCGGCGCCAUGGCCGACGAAUACGGCCCAAUCUACUCACUCAAGCUCGGCCAGUACCGGGCCCUAGUGCUGAGUAACUGGGAGCUAGUCAAGGAAAGCUUCACCACAAACGACAGACUCUUCGCUAACCGACCAAACAUAGCAAUAGGGAAGUACGUCCUGUACGAUAGUGCUGCUUUUUCAGUCGCCCCUUACGGCCAGUACUGGCGCGAGCUUCGAAAGCUCGCUACCCUUCAGCUCCUCUCGGUGCAUCGGAUCGAGUUGCUGCAACACAUCCGAGUCAAGGAAAUCGACUCGUUCAUCAAGGGUUUGCUUCGUUAUGAUGAUGACAGUAUUGUGCCUCUGUCCGAGCUGUUGGAGCAACUGACGUUCAAUAUAAACGUGAGGUUGAUCGCCGGUAAGCGAUUUUCGGCAGAAGCUUUCAGCGAAAAGUCGAACGAGGUGCAUCGUUUCAGGGAAGCCAUUAAAGAAGGUUUGCAUCUAGCUGGGGUUUUCGUGUGGUCGGAUGUGAUCCCGUGGCUCGAGCGUUUCGACUUUCAUGGUCACGUUAGGUCCAUGAAACGGACUUUCAAGGAGCUUGACUCGGUGAUGGGGAAGUGGCUCGAAGAACAUCGUCGAGCUAGAGCUAACAAGAAUGGUGAUGAGUCCAGUGGUGGUGGUGGUGGUGGUGGUGACCUCAUGGACGUUAUGUUGUCGAACCUCACUGAGGACGAUGCGGUGUUGUCUGGUCAUAGCCGCGAUACUGUUAUCAAAGCCACUUCUCUGAUUCUCAUCCUAACUGGGACAGAAAGCACAGCUGUUACACUAACAUGGAUAAUCUCAUUACUAUUAAACCACCCAAGUGUUUUGAAGGCUGCCCAAGAAGAGUUGGAUACUCAUGUAGGAAGACAGAGAUGGGUGCAAGAAUCAGACAUCCCCAAUCUCAAAUUUCUUCAAGCCAUUGUCAAAGAAACUCUACGCUUGUACCCACCAGGCCCCAUAACAGGCCCACGUGAGUCCACACAAGAUUGUUAUAUUGGUGGCCACUAUGUCCCCAAAGGCACACGUUUGAUUGUGAACUUGUGGAAACUACAACGGGACCCGCGCAUGUGGUCAGACCCAUCAAAGUUUCUUCCUGAAAGGUUCAUGACUACUCAUGCUGGCUUAAACUUUAGAGACCAGAAUUUUGAGUAUAUUCCUUUCAGUGCUGGUCGAAGGUCGUGUCCUGGGGUGGCGCUUGGUUUGGCUGUGGUUCAACUAGUGCUGGCUCGAAUUCUUCAGGGUUUUGAGUUGAAAAGCAAGGACGAGUUCCCUGUGGAUAUGCGUGAAGGCUUGGGCAUUGCGUUGCCGAAACUUACUCCUCUUGAAGCUCGCUUGGCUCCUCGCCUUCCUCCACAGCUUUAUGAACCUCUAUGAAGAAUAAUUUAUGUAAUCAGUAGUACUUUGUCAGCAUUUAGUAGUGCUAAAAAAUAAAAUAAUGUAUUAUAAACGAAUGAAGAUGAGCUUUAAUGAAAUUGUGUUAUCCAUGGAAAA